AUGCCUUUUCAGACGCUGGCACGACGAGCCUCUCAUCUUCAGAAGCCCGGGAACUUUCGCCCCGACUGCGUAGUCUCUCUCAAGAGGACAGUUGGGCAGAGUCCGAAAUUUUUUGUCACUCAAACCUCAAAGUCAGCUGCCACUUCACUUGAUCAAGUGGAUUUGAAAGAUGAGGCCAUCAACGGGGACGGGCGAGAACGCGUCGUGAUUCUCGGUUCCGGUUGGGGUGGUUAUACACUCUCGCGACGAUUAUCACCCAAGCGAUACAAGACUACUAUCAUUUCUCCCCGCUCCUAUUUCGUGUUCACUCCACUUCUCACAGACGCUGCCAGCGGCUCACUGGAUUUCUCUAACAUCAUCGAGCCUGUUCGGGAUAAGCAGGCCAAAGUGGACUUUAUCCAAUCCGCGGCUCAAAGGCUGAAUUUGCAAAAGAAGACUGUCUUAUGCGAAGCGACCGUGGUCAAGAGCGGAGUCACAGAAUCGCCACGGACCUCCGAGGAUCAGAAAUCCAUUCAAAAUGGUUCGGAAGAACCGUCAGACAAGCCAGGCAAGGGCGUACGUCCUUGGGAGCAGGGAGAAAUGAUCGAGGUUCCUUACGACAAGCUGAUCGUCGCGGUCGGUACGGUGAGUCAGACCUUUGGAACCCCGGGAGUUCAAGAGAAUGCCCUGUUCUUCAAGGACGUCGGCGACGCACGCCGCGUGAAACGGCGCCUCCGCGAGUGUUUCGAGCUGGCUGUGCUUCCCACGACGACGCCCGAGAUGCAGAAAUGGCUUUUACAUUUUGCGAUUGUAGGCGGCGGUCCGACUGGGUCCGAACUUGCGGCCAAUUUACGUGACUUUAUCAACGACGACCUGUCAAAGGUGUACCCGACGCUUCAAGGAAUACCUCAAAUCAGCUUGUAUGACGUGGCGCCAAAGGUGCUGUCAACGUUCGACGAGAGCCUUUCUCGCUACGCCAUGGAGACGAUGGAGAAGGAAGGAAUCACUGUUCAGACAUCUCAUCAUAUCAAGAGUUUGCGAUGGGGCGCGCCUGGGGCGCCCCCGCCUCACAAUAUGGAUCCGAAGGGAUGUUUGACCUUGACCACGGAAGAAGAAGGCGAAAUUGGAGUCGGAAUGUGUGUAUGGACCACGGGAAACGCCAUGCCUCAUUUCAUCCGCCAAUCGCUCAGUAAGGUGAAGGACUUUCCCAAAGAGACAUCCGUGCUCAGAUUGAACAAAAAGCCCGAAUUUGAAACGCACGACGAGAAAAAUGCCUGGGAGUUCAAAAAGGUUCCCAAGAAGGGCGCAUUGAUGGUCGAUGGAUAUUUGCGAGUUCAGCUUGUGAAUGAGCACGGAGAAACUGCCGUGCUCAGGGACGUCUUCGCUCUAGGCGACAAUGCCAUGCCUGAGACCGGCGCUCCUCCGGCCACGGCGCAAGCGACAUUCCAAGAGUCCAAGUGGCUUGCGGACCGCCUGAACAAGGGCGACUUUGAGCAAACGUCGCCCUUCUCGUUCCGGAAUCUGGGGACAUUGGCGUACAUUGGCAGCGAAAAGGCCCUGAUGCAGAUUCCACACGAUAUGCAUGACCCCAGUAAGCGCAGUCAAUAUCUUCCUUCGGGCCUCAAGGGCUACAUGGCUCGCAUUGUGUGGAACGCAGCCUACAUCACCAUGUCCAUCAGUUGGCGAAAUAAACUUCGCGUUCUGGGCCGGUGGACGCUAAACAAAUUAUUCGGAAGGGAUGUGGCGCGUUUCUGA